GCUACUUCGGUUGAAGAUUCUCUUAUUAUCAUUCUCCAAUGAAGUACGGUCAUUCAUUAUCCCCUUGCUUAGGACUGAAACCUCCUUUACCACAUCUUGUAAUCGUUCGCGUUAAUGCCAACAAUUGCUGGAGCAGGAGAAAGAAGAAGAGUAAUUGUGUACUACGAAUAUCUGCAGCCUCUUAUCAGAAAUUGGUUCAAUCCGCUCUGAGUGAAACGAAGCUCCACACCGUUUUGGAACCUUCUUCUCUCCAGGAAAGAUUUGGUUGUAUGAAUGCAAUGGAUGGGAAAACUGAGCUUCAAAUGCUAUCAUAUGUUGCUCCAAAGAUUAGACUCUUGCGAAGUAUGAGCAUUCAGAAUGAAUCCAUGCAGGUUUUGGAUUUUGCUGCCUUUCCAGAACUGGAAUUUGAUGUGCCUAUAUUCUGUGCUAACUUUUUUACCUCUGCCGACAAGAACAUUGUUGUGUUGGACCUAAACCCUUUGCAUGAUGUAAUGAGGCACAGAGAUUAUAAGGAGAAGUACUAUAAUGACUUAAUGCCUUUAUGUCUCAAGUAUAUUGAGCUUUUACCUUGGGGUGGAAAGCUUACAGCUGAGUCUAUAAAAUUUUUUUCACCAACGGUGAUAUGGACCAAGUUUUCUUCAAGCCAAUUCAAUCAUGAAGUUUUGUUCUCUGCAUUCAUGGAAUACUAUCAGGCAUGGCUCAAGUUGAUGGACCAAGCAGUAGAAGCAGUAGAUGCAUCUCAGGUUAUUUGCAAUCGGGAAGCGCAGCACAGAUAUCUAACAUGGAGAGCUGAAAAGGAUCCUGGUCACGGAAUUCUGAAAAGGUUGAUUGGUGAGAAUACUGCAAAGGACUUGAUGAGGAACUUCCUCUUCAAUGGGAUUAAUGAAUUGGGAAGCAAAACUUUCCUGGAUUACUUCCCAGAGUAUCACCGUGGAGAUGGGACUGUAAAUGAGAAGCGCAGUAUGAUUGGAAGGUCAUUUGAAACUCGUCCGUGGGAUACAAGAGGAGAAUUUAUUGGUGACAACUUUUAGAAGUAAUUUUAGAUUGCUUACAUUUUCUGUCCUCCCCUUCCCUUCCUUCUCCUUUUUUAUAUUUUUUCCAUUUUCACUCUCUUUUUGCGGUUUUCCAUAUUUUCUUGACCUUUGUACACCAUGCUUACCUGUUAAACUUUCUCAAAGAGGCGUGUUGUAAAGCAGUAUUUCUAGUACCUUUAGGUCCCAUUUGGUGGUUCUCAUUUCCUUCCCACUAAUUACUAACAUCAAGGAGUUCUAAGAAGUGGCGGUAGCUGAAACUUGAAAAUUUGAUAUGUAUAUAUAAAUUGUCUUAAGAUGAACAUCAGAGGUGAGAAGUAACAAGAAAUGUAAUGAGAAUUGAACCAAAAAUACCUUUAGAUUUUUAAAUGUUUGGAAUUUUGCCU